AGUCAUGUGUCUCUAACCAUUGUGUCCUGUGAAAAUGUGGAAGGAGGUGAAAAGCAUUUGUGGUAAUAUAUCAGGAGCGGUGGAAUUCUGGCUGCAACAGUUUCUGGAGUGAAUUUCAGUUCUGGAAUCUGAGGGCCUGCCGGAAGCUGGGAUGCGCCCGGGGUGAGAGAACAAGUUACGCAGUGAUUCUGACACGUCAGGUAUUUCACAGAGCCUGCUGCCAGUUUAGGAACAUUCAGAUCUUUGAGACCCUUUUCCAGCGGUGUCCGUCAGAGAAAGAAAGAAAAGAGAGAAUGAAAAAUAAAUCUACUGUAUUACAGACACAAUGAGCUCUGGAUCAAAGUGGGAUGGAGCUUGAAAGGUGAUGUUUUCAAUUUUGCUGGCCAGAGGGGUUGUGACUCGGAUGGCAUGGGUAAACAAUGAGGAGAGAGACAGUCCCUUUGGGAGUCAGUGUCUGACUUAACGAGCCAGCAGUUAUUAAAAGAUGAAUAGAGGAGAAGUGAACCGUGCUUUCUGGCUGGUAGUGUGGCUUAUUUUCUUCGUUCUUUUCUCUCUUUUUCUCUCGAAGAUCAAAGGCCUAAUUUUAGAACAAGCCCUAUUUAUGGACUGCUCAGCCACUGUCUGCUUUACUCUUGUUCUAGAAUACUGGAAAAUAAAUAGAGCUGGCAGGAUCUCCCAGUGUCCAGAGCUCAUCCCUGAUGCAAGGCAGGAGGAGAAAAAAAGAAAAAGACUUUUCCUAGCAGAGGUUCUGUGUGAUUUGUCUCUGCAGAGGGAGUUCCGCUCCCUCAACUCUUUCAGUCUUUGUGCAUGAUCAGAAGCUGAAAAUAUGUGACCUGUGGCUGCUCUUGAUGUUCAGGAGAGCUUACUCCUCCUGAUCCCUGCCUUCUUGACGUGCCUUGGAAAAGAGUCCUCUUUCCAAGACUGGUGCCAAGUAUGGAGUUGAGUCUUGGUUUGUGUGCCUGUGGACUAUCCUGUAUAUACAGCCCACCAUCAUCAGUUGUACUUUUUCCUUUUUAUAAUAGCAUGAGAUUGUUGGGUCCACUCUAGGCUGUGAACUGAUGUAGCCAGACAUCCUUUCUACUGGCUAGCUGCCUCUGGAUCCCUCUGUAUCUCUAGACAGUUUUCUACCACUCAGCAGUUCUUUGUGUUUCCUCACAUUACUUGACACUGCCCUCCCCCUUUUCUCUUCUCCCCCUGCUGUUUUGCUAAUCUGUCAAAAUAAUUUUUAAUUGUUACCUUGUUCUGCAGAAUUCAGGGUGACAAUUGUCUGCCAGUACCUGUGGUCAGUUCAGCUGAGCAGGGUGUAAACACACUGUAUGCAGGUGUAGUUUGAGAGUGAGCCUCUAAUUACCCCAUGAGAAUGCCUUCUUGGGUUUUCUUCCCCCUCUCCUUUGUGUCAGCAUUUCACCCAGCUUUCUUUGGAUGAUGUUUCCAUAGUCCAUAUCAUUUAAUACAAAAUCCUGGAAACACGUGGGGGUUCAGAAUGAAUUUGAGAGUGAUGCUUCAAGGCUGUGUCGAAAUCUGAUGGUGUAAGGAAGAUGCUCUUGCUGUAGGUGCUCUGUGCUGCCAAUUAAAGGCAUUCUUCCAGUGGGGCAGUCUGAUAGCCACAGUGCUGCCUGCCAGGUAAAUCUGCCCUCUCCCCAGGUUUUGCAGUACUGAGGAUCUUCACUGGCCUGAAGCUUUGGGUGAAGGGAGAAGAAUCGGUUGGAAACCUUUCUGCUGGGAAUUGCGCAAGAGGCAUUCCAGCUGGGGGCAGGGGUCUGUGUGUCUCUGCUCUUUUACACAGCUGAAGCUUAAUUGGUACAAAGCUGCAGAUAAGGGUGCAUGUGCAGAACCAGAGUGAAGUUAAUUCAUGCAGAAGAGCUUGUCUCACAAGUGGGAGCGCUGAGCAGAGGGAAGAAGUCUCCUAAAACCAUUUAACUUCGCAGAUUCCCUGCAGCGCUCAGCAGCGGUGGGAGCCUGUCAGCCCCUGGAAUGAAGCGGGGCAGGCUGCAUAGCAACUGCAUUGAGAAGUGGUAACAAUUCCCAAGUGGGGCAGUAACAAAAUCGAUUUUUCUCCCCUUCAGCUUGGCAGCUCUCCAGGUGCCUGCUCUGGCACAAUGAAGUGUGUAGCUGGGGAGGGGAGGGACUUCGGGUUGGUGUUGGUGGGGGGGUGUGAUACAAAGAGGCAGAAGUUUAAUCACUGACCCGAUCACACUGGAUGGAUUUAUUUCUGGACUCAAUUUCCCAGGAACUCCACUAUUCUACACUGGGGAAAAUGCCUCUGCUGAAGUUUCUCUAGCUCCAGCUUCGUGAAUAAAGGUCUGUCGCUUUGGAGUUAUUCACAGCAGCUCUGUCACUACUGACUCAUCCAUCUGCUUCAAGAAAAUGUUUGCUGUCCACUUGCUAGCUUUCCAUUUCACAAAGCUAAAAGAGGAUCAAAUAAAAAAGGUUGACAGGUACCUGUACCACCUGCGCCUCUCUGACGAUGUCUUGCUGGAUGUGAUGGCUCGAUUCCAGGCUGAGAUGGUGAAGGGCCUGGGCAGAGACACAAACCCCACAGCCACCGUGAAAAUGCUGCCGUCGUUCGUGCGCUCGCUGCCCGAUGGCUCAGAGAAGGGUGAUUUCCUCGCUGUCGACCUGGGUGGCUCCCAGUUUCGUGCCCACCGGGUGAAGGUGUUUGAUGAUGGGAAGCAGAGCAGCCAGCUGGAGAGCAAGUUUUACCCCACACCCAAGGAGGUGACACAGGGCAAUGGAGCCGAGCUCUUUGAGUAUGUUGCUGACUGUCUGUCAGACUUCAUGGAGACCAAAAACUUGAAGCAUAAGAAGUUACCUCUUGGCUUUACAUUUUCUUUUCCAUGCAAACAGACCAAGUUGGAAGAGGGGGUUCUUCUUGCGUGGACAAAGCACUUCAGGGUCCGAGGAGUUCAGGACACAGAUGUGGUCAGCUCUCUGCGCAAGGCCCUCCAGAAGCACAAGGACAUAGAUGUUGAUGUUUUGGCGCUGGUCAAUGACACGGUGGGAACCAUGAUGACUUGUGGAUAUGAUGACCAGCGCUGUGAAGUUGGACUCAUAAUUGGGACUGGCACCAAUGCCUGCUACAUGGAGGAGAUGAGGCACAUCAACCUGGUGGAAGGGGAUGAAGGGAGGAUGUGCAUUAACACCGAGUGGGGGGCCUUCGGAGAUGACGGUGCUUUGGAUGAUCUCCGCACAGAGUUUGAUCGGGAGCUGGAUCUGGGAUCUCUCAAUCCUGGAAAACAAUUGUUUGAGAAGAUGAUCAGCAGCCUGUAUUUGGGGGAACUUGUAAGACUCAUUCUCCUAAAAAUGACAAAGCAAGGUCUGCUCUUCAAUGGGAAAGUGUCAACAGCUCUGCUUACUAAGGGCAAGAUUGAAAUGAAACACGUGUCUGCAAUGGAAAAGUACAAGGAAGGUCUGAGCAACACAAAAGAGAUCCUUACAGAGCUGAACCUGUUUCCCUCUGAGGAGGAUUGUGUUGCUGUUCAGCACGUCUGCACCAUCGUUUCCUUCCGCUCGGCCAACCUCUGUGCCGCCGCCUUGGCAGCCAUCCUGACCCGGCUCAGGGAGAACAAAAAGCUGCUGAGGAUGAGAACUACUGUUGGGAUUGAUGGGGGACUCUAUAAAACCCACCCCAAAUACGCCAAACGCCUGCACAAGGUGGUGAGGAGGCUGGUGCCCACGUGCGACGUGCGGUUCCUGCUGUCGGAGAGCGGCAGCGGCCGCGGGGCCGCCGUGGUCACGGCGGUGGCACGCAGGCUGGCCACCCAGCGCCGGCGCAUCGACGCCACGCUCGCACCCUUCCUGCUGCCCCUGGCCACCCUCCAGGAGGUGAAGGACAAAAUGAGGGCUGAGCUGGAAUAUGGGCUGAAGAGGGAGACGCAAGCCGACGCCACGGUGAAGAUGCUGCCCACGUACGUGUGUGGGACGCCAGAUGGAACAGAGAAAGGAAAGUUCCUCGCCCUUGAUCUUGGUGGCACAAAUUUCAGGGUUCUGCUGGUCAAAAUCAAAAGCGGAAGAAGAAGAUCUGUGCAAAUGUAUAACAAAAUCUUUGCCAUUCCUUUGGAGAUCAUGCAAGGGACAGGAGAAGAGCUCUUUGACCAUAUUGUCCAGUGCAUAGCAGACUUUCUGGAGUACAUGGGGAUUAAAGGUGCUCGGCUUCCUCUGGGCUUCACCUUCUCCUUCCCCUGCAGGCAAGCCAGCAUUGACAAGGGAACACUUGUGGGAUGGACAAAAGGAUUCAAGGCAACAGACUGUGAGGGGGAAGAUGUUGUUGAUAUGCUAAGAGAGGCCAUCAGAAGAAGAAAUGAGUUUGACCUGGACAUUGUAGCGGUGGUGAACGACACCGUUGGGACCAUGAUGACUUGUGGAUAUGAGGAUCCAAACUGUGAGAUUGGCCUAAUUGCAGGAACAGGCAGCAAUGUUUGCUACAUGGAGGACAUGAAAAACAUAGAAAUAGUGGAAGGGAAUGAAGGAAAGAUGUGCAUUAAUACAGAAUGGGGAGCAUUUGGUGACAAUGGCUGCAUUGACCACAUCAGGACAAAAUAUGAUAGAGAAGUAGAUGAAGGCUCACUAAACCCAGGGAAACAGAGGUAUGAAAAAAUGACCAGUGGAAUGUACCUAGGUGAAAUAGUAAGGCAAAUUUUGAUUGACUUAACCAAACAAGGCCUGCUGUUCAGAGGACACGUUUCGGAAUCACUCAGGAAAAGAGGCAUAUUUGAAACAAAAUUCCUGUCUCAGAUUGAGAGUGACCGACUCGCCCUCCUGCAAGUGCGGCGCAUCCUGCAGCAGCUCGGCCUGGACAGCACCUGUGACGACAGCAUCAUUGUCAAGGAGGUGUGUGGAGUUGUGUCCAGAAGAGCUGCCCAGCUCUGUGGGGCAGGGCUGGCUGCUAUUGUGGAGAAGAAGAGGGAGAACCGAGGUGUGGAGCGCUUGCAAAUCACUGUUGGAGUAGAUGGGACUCUGUACAAGCUCCAUCCACAUUUUUCUCGGGUCCUGCGUGAAACAGUGAAGGAACUGGCACCUCAGUGUGAUGUGACUUUCAUGCUUUCUGAAGAUGGCAGUGGGAAGGGAGCUGCCCUCAUCACUGCAGUUGCAAAAAGAUUACAUAAUGUUGGACAGAAGUAGAAAUGAGUGGUCAAGUAAUUUCAGCACUGCCAGGCAUGUGCAGUAGGGAUUUGCUGGGUGGUGAUUCAAGAUAGCUUUGCCAGACACAGGUACCUUUUUUGGGGGAGCAGCUGGUUUUGACCAACCAGGAUUGUGGAUUUUUGCCCUUUGGUAACUUGGAUUGGGUGUUUCUGCUCUCCUCUGGCAUUAUGUCUUGCCAUACCACAGUCUACUCAGUUCUGUACUCCCUGCAGUGCAUCUCCAGUGCACAUGGGAGGGUGAAAACAAAACAAAAUCAACCCAAAUGUGUCUUUUUACAUCUUAAUUAAGCUACUGCACCACAGCUGAGUUUAUCAGUUUCUUAGGAUUUGUGUGCUUAGUUUUGUCUUGGCCUGGCUCAAAGAACAUUGAGAUUCUGGUGUUGCCUCUGAUCUAGUGGAUAUAUUUGUUCAGUGCUUCACAGGUUUUACAAUAAAUUUGAAGACUGAAAUAAAUGAAUUGACUUUGGUCAGUGAUGCUUCCCCCACUGCUGCACUGGUUGUAAUACUUUCCUGUGUACAGGAGGCAUGUUUAAUAGAUGAAAAGAAAAAAAAUGUGAUUCCACAGAAUAUCAGUUGGUGUCAAAAUAUGUCAGUGCAUCUGAGUCAUGUGAAGCUAAACCAGUGCUGGAUGGAUUCUGACUGUGACUGAUUCUUUUGAUACUGAAGGAAAAGGAGAAUGCAGAAGGAGCUACAGAGUCUGCAAUGUCUGUGUCAGGGCUUCGUAGAGGGUAUCAAACAGGCCACCAAAAUAGCUGUGUAGAGGGAAGAAAAAAAUCACCUGAAUUUCUGAAAGUCUCCUCUUUGCUUUCCCUCUGUUAUCCUUUUGCACAUUCCUGAGAGAAUUGUUUCCAUUUCGUGCAAGGGAAUUUAUUAUCCUUGGUUUUCAUUUUCUGCUGCCUGCUGCUCUGCCUGUUUGUAGUCUGUUUGUAAAUAAAUCUGUGCUGUUGUGAGCCUUUGCUUCUCUGUCCAGUGCAUCUUCUGAGUUGUGGGAACAUGCAGGCAAGGGGGAGCUUUCUUUAAAACCUAAAUCUUUAAACCUAAACCUUUCUGUAAGAGUGCUCAGCAGCACUUCAGUGAUUGUAAAGGUGCUUUGUGGACAGAGCUUUGGCCUUGUGUGACCAAAUGUCCCUCACCUGAUUUACCCAGAACAAUCCAAAACAAUAAUAUGCUACAAAGCAGCAGCAAAUCUGUGUCCUGCCUGUUCUCAAGGAUUCCUGUAUCUCUUUUAAUCCUCUCUUUGUGGCUAUUUGCUUCCUUGUGGGCUGACAGCAGAAAGUGGGGCCAAGAAAUGUGCUUUAAGCCUAGUUAGGUCAAAAGUAACUGUGGUGCAGGGGGAUAAGCAGUUUGGUUUAUGUAAUAAUCUGUAACAAGGCCGCUGCUGGGUUUAAAUUUAGCAAUCACAAAUGCAAAAUUGGGAGGUACAGACUUCUGUUGUUUCGUAGUUCUUUGAAAAAGUCAAAAUGUGCCAACAGCUCUGUGUCUGUGUUGGAGUUACUGGAUGGGUAGAAGAUACUUGCAAAUAAUUUUCACUUCUGAAGGAAUUCCUCAUGGUGCUGAGCUCACUGUACUGAGCAGUUGUGAAAAGACAAGCUGUGAACUCAUAUUACAUUUAAUGUUUUGUCUCGUUUUUAGUAUUGUACUUUUUCUUUAUGUUUCAGAAUCCACAGAGCUGCAGAAACCAAAGCUUCCAAUGUAGUAAGGGCAGUUAUCUGGAAUGGAAGUUUGUUGCUGGUGAUGAGCAGGUCAAAUUUGGAGGGGCUGGAUGUAGAUAAAAAAAAAAAAUAAAUCAGAUAUUGAGUCUAUGUGGGGCCUGGAAUAGCUCUUCUAGGCUGUUUUAGGCCCCAAAGGUAGAAACAGGAUUUUGGCACCUGAAAUCUAGUACUGUGUGUGGUUUUGGGCCUUUUUGGGGCAGUGGAAUCUGCAAAAGUGUACCUGUGAAUGAAAUGUGUCCCUGUACAUCUGGAACGAGGUGAUGCAGACUUGCCCCAGGAUGGCCACGUGAGUAUGGUGCAGAACACCUUUUCUACUUUUAUUCUAAAGCCUGUUCUGCACAACUGGAAUGCAAAUCAGUGACAAAACAAAGUAAACCACUCACAUUUAGAAAGAAAUAUGAUCUUGCUUUGGUUUUUCUUUUUAGUCUUUUUGGGAAAUGAAAUACUCGCACAAAGUCAGUUUACACCUCCACUGCAGUUAUUCCUUCUUCUGUGGUAGGUUAGGCCCACACAAUAAUAUUUUUUUGCAUGUGCAGUUAUAUUUUUCCAGUGAGUCUGUGGGUCACAGAGUGCUCAGUGGCUCUUGCUGAGGUUCCUGAAGGCCAGGCCAUGUGUGCUCCCUCCUUUCCUGCAGGCAGCUUUGCUCUGGAGCUGGCUCCCACGCGACUCCGAUCCUCAUCUUCUGGGCAGGGAGAUGGCAUCUGAGCUGGGAGGGCAGCUCAGGGAAUGAGCAGAGCUUUGCUGGGCAGCCCUGGAGAAGGGCAGGAUUAUUGGCCACUGUGGGAUUUUACCAGGGAUGCAAACUUCACUUGUGGUUUCGCAAUAAACACGCGACGCUUCGGCUUUCUCUAAAUCAGAACAUUCUCCGUCUGGGUAACGAUGCAGCAUCGAGUUCCUGAUUAUGUCAACAUGUGGAAACUCAGUGGCUGGUGCAAACCUGCAGUCCCCCUUGUACAGAUAUUAAACUGCUGCAGCAAAACACCUCUCUGCCAUCUGUACCAUCAUAUGUGGUGAUUCAGUUGAAAGCCCUAGCUCGCAAUGAAAGUAGAAAUGUAACACAGCAUAUCCUGUGCUGAACAGUAUGUGCUGCAGUUCAUCACAUGGCAUUGUUAGUCAAUACCAAAUAAAAUGGGAUUGUUCUGGCUUCA